AUGGCAGCGUGGACGGACGUGUAUCGUGCGGGGCUCGUGUUUAUGUGUGUAAUUAUUUUAACUGAGAGUAAAACCGAUAAAGACACAUUAACAGAUGCUGAUCUCAAGAAAUUUGAGGAGAUGGUAGAAUUGAAAGGUGGAAAAUUUAUUAUGGGAACCGACGAACCAAAUGCACGAGAUGGUGAAGGCCCCUCCAGAAAAGUUACCGUAAAACCAUUCAAAAUAAUGAGAUAUCCAGUGACGAAUGCUGCUUUUAGACAAUUUGUUAAAGCGAAAAGAUUCAAGACGGAGGCAGAACGUUUUCAAUGGAGUUUUGUUUUUGAUGCUUUUGUGAGCGAGGAAGUAAAAGCUAACAUAACAGAGAGGAUACCAAACACUCCAUGGUGGGUUCCGGUACCAAGAGCAUAUUGGAGACAGCCUGAAGGUCAGGGUAGUACGAUCACAAAAAAACUAAAUUGGCCGGCAGUUCACAUUAGUGCGAAUGACGCCAAGCAAUACUGCCAAUGGAAAGGAUGGAGGCUGCCAACGGAACCUGAAUGGGAGUAUGCAGCUAGAGGAGGGCUUGAAUCGAAGAGAUAUCCAUGGGGUGCAAGAUAUGACAAUAAGAGAAUGAACAUAUGGCAGGGUAAGUUUCCUGAAGAAAACACUAAGGAAGAUGGUUACCACGGAUCAUCCCCAGUAGAUGCAUUUGAACCACAAAACGAUUACGGUAUGUAUGACAUGGUCGGUAACCUUUGGGAAUGGACAAGUACAAUAUUUAAAUCACCAAACCAAGAUUCAAAUCCAGAGAAUCCUAUGCUAGUAUUGAGAGGAGGCUCGUACAUUGACUCAAAAGAUGGCGCUUUUAACCACAUGGCUAGGGUGACUACAAGGAUGGGUAACACCGCUGACGCAGGCUCAGACAACCUGGGAUUCCGAUGUGCCUCAAAUGUAGAACGUGAAAAAUACAAACCCAUAUCUACCCCUCCUAAAGGGAAAAAGGCAGACAGUGUGAAGGCAAAGACAGAAAAAGUAGAGCUCUGAAAACACUUUUAUUAAUUUGAAACAGUUUUCUUGAUACACUUUCACCUUGAUUUCUUGUAUUUUGUAAUGUCUGACACUAGAGGGCAGCAUUUAUUACUUUAGGUCUUUGAGAUUAGUUUAUUUAUUCAACAUGUGUUGAAAUCUUUCACAGGAGGAUGUCACCUUUACAGUUCGAUUUUAUUCAGUCUGAUGGAAUAUAUUAUUGGCAGUCUUUUGAAUUUUAGUUUUAUGAAUUAUUAAUUUUUACAAUUUGUUAAAAAACAAAAAACAGACUGUCAUAAUAAAGUUUGUGAAAGACUACUUCUCUAAGUCAUGUGACUUUACUAGGUUAAGUGUCAUGUGCAUAUAAUUACAGUACACAUAGGCUAUAUUGGUAUUCAAGUAUGUCUGCGAUUGGUUUCCUAUACUGUACGCUCAAAUUCAUGACUUUAGAUUUUAUAACUCAAGGAUUACACAGGAACUCACCAAAGUUUUCAACAUUUUUGUUGCUACAGCAACCAGCAAUUUUUGUUUAAUCACAAGAAUUUGUUUGACUUGCUGUAUUUUCUCAAUUUACAAAGCAGUGGGGGAAGCUGAAAUCAGAUAGAAGAUUGUUCCUCAUUGGCUAUCACGUUCUAACUACUUACCUGCCUAGCCAAUCAGCAGAAACUUUAUGUUCCACUACUGUUAAACCAUUGGUCUAUUUAUUGUCAUGUCUAACCAGUACUAGAUCAUAUAUUUCAGAGAAAUACCACCUUGUACUAGGGAGUUCACAGAACCAGUACUAGAUCAUAUAUUUCAGAGAAAUACCACCUUGUACUAGGGAGUUCACAGAACCAGUACUAGAUCAUAUAUUUCAGAGAAAUACCACCUUGUACUAGGGAGUUCACAGAACCAGUACUAGAUCAUAUAUUUCAGAGAAAUACCACCUUGUACUAGGGA